CUGCCUUGUGUUCGAGCCUCGUCACAUUCAGUACAUCUUGUCACUUAAACGAUACUCUGUUGCGAGCACACAAACCCCAUUCACCAUCAUGGGUUCCGUCGAAGUCAGCCAGUCUCGCCUUCUCAAGGCUACCACGGGAGUAGUCGAGGCUUACAACAGCUGGGAUCUGGACAAGAUCAUGGCCAUCCGGGCUCCCGAGUGCAUUACCCAGGUCCUUCCUCGGUCCCUCGGACGUCCCGAGAUGAAGAACGACGAGUACUCAAAGUACCUCGGCGGCUUCAUGUCGGCCUUCACAAACUUCCACGUCACCAUCAACGAGGUGGUCGAGGACCCCGUCCACAACAAGGUCAGCGUCUGGGCCCAGAGCACCGCCGACACCCCCGUGGGACCCUACGCCAACGAGUACAUGCUGCUCCUCCACUUUGACGAGGCGCACGAGAAGCUCGUCAAGUUCUACGAGUUUGUCGACUCAAAGUACACCGUCGAGCACUUCACCAAAGUCCGCGAGCUGAUGGAGAAGAAGGGGGACUGCGUAGAUGACUUUGGUACAAACACAUAAGACGUGCGGUUGAAUGGUUGCAUUCAGUCCGUUCCAUGCUCGUGGUUAA